AUGAAAGCUCUAGUAAAGAUUGUCAUACUGCAAUUUUGUGCAGAAAAUAACAUCUUGCAGGAUUUUCAGCAUGGCCACCGGAGAGGACGUACCUGCCUCUCAAAUCUGCUAGCUUGUCUGGAGAUCUGGCCCAGGGCCAUAGAAGAGGGUUUUGGGGUUGAUGUCAUGUACAUCGAUGUUAGCAAAGCCUUCGAUACUGUUCCGUACCAACGCCUUCUUCACAAAUUGAGCGCCAUCGGCAUCCGGGGAGAUCUUCUGAACUGGAUAGGGGCGUUUCUGGUGGGUCGAAAACGACGUGUUUGUAUCGGCGAUGAUAUGUCAAAAUGGGUGAACGUGAGCAGUGGUGUGCCUCAAGGCUCAGUUCUGCGACCAUUGCUCUUCCUCCUUUAUGUUAAUGACAGCCUUCAGGAACUCGAGUGUGGCAAAAUAAUGUUUGCUGACGACGUUAAGCUCUGGCAAUUCAUCAAGAGUCCUUACGACCAGACAACCCUCCAAAGCAAUCUUCAUCGACUGCAAGCGUGGUCGGAGAAAUGGCUUCUGGACUUCAAUGUGCAGAAGUGCGCUGUCGUUCAUCUGCGUCCAACCAAGUCUCAUUCAAAUGAGAGCCUGCGGACAUAUCACCUGAAAGAUAUAAGACUUCCCGCAGAAUCUUCACAGAAGGAUCUCGGGGUUUGUAUGCAGAAAAAACCUGAAACCAACACUGCAGUGCCACAAGGCUGCAAAAGCUGCCAUCGGAGUGAUGCAUGCAAUUAAAACGGAGAAAAUUCUCCACUACAACAGUAACCAUCCCCCGUCGCAUAAACGCAGCUGCGUCCGGACGCUUUUUCGUCGCAUCAACACACACUGCAGCACAGAAGCCGAAAAGCUGCGGGAGCGUGAAACCCUAUGGCACCUCUUCCUUGCCAAUGGAUAUCCGCGCAGUUUCGUAAACAAAUGCUUAUACCAAAGACAUACGAGGGCCGACCGUGAGAACACGCAAAGGCCUGCAACCUUCCGCGUUCUGCCUUACGUGAGAAACGUCUCCGAAGCCACUGAGCGCAUGCUAAGGCCACUAAGCGUGGGCGUUGGACACCGACCGGAGGCUACCAUCCGCCGCUUACUCAUGCAACCCAAGGGCCGGCUACCACCUGCAGACACGUCAGGCGUCAUUUACCGCGUCAAAUGUCUCGACUGUCUGGCCAACUACUGCGGCAUGACGGACAAACGUCUGCGCACGCGCGUGCAUGGGCACGCCUUAGCCGUAAAGCGAAAGGAUGUACGCUCGCACGUCGCCAUGCACUGUCUAGAAAAUAAUCACGUGUUCGACUUUGACGGUGCCCAAGUGCUCGGCCGAGCCGAAAGCAAGCUGGCGAGAGAAGUAAUCGAAGCCUGGCAAUCAGACGCCAACUCGAUUAACCGCAGUAUUGACCUGCCAGCGCCAUACGAGGCCAUCAGGCACCACUUGCGCGCGAGAGGAGAACCAAUAAGAGGAGAGCGGGAUCGACCUAUCAGGCGCGGGCACGAAUGGCCUAUUUAA